AUGGUUGUCCAAACAUUAGUGCUAACUUUGGUUGCAUUGCUGUCGACACUUGCUGAUGACCAGGAACCCAUACCAUUCUUAUAUUAUGGACUUGAAUGGUCAAACGGAGGUUAUCUUAUGAGUUCAAAGUAUCCAGGUAAUGGAUAUUUUACUGCACUCAGUAGUGGGCAAUACGUAGGUUACAACGGUAAUGGAAAUCCCAUGUCUAUUGGCGCCGGGGCCUUAAGUUCGCUUCAUACAUUUAAUAUCAAGUCUUUUGUGGCUGCUGCAGCCUGGAACAAUCAUUUGGAGUUGUUAAUCAUUGGUGAACGAUCGGGAGUGAGUGUUCACAGCAAAACAAUUACACUUCAAACAAAACUGGCGACCACUAUUAUCUUAGAUUGGAAUAGUAUUGACAAAAUUAUAUUCAGAACAUAUGGGGGUAUCGAUGCGAACCUUGGUGGAAAUGGUUUGCACUUUGCAAUGGACAAUUUAUGUAUAACUGCAGGUACUCAAGAACGUAUAGAACUACUCUAUAAAUGCGACUACUGGGGUGAUCCACAACUGAUUCAGUUUCCAAAAGCCACCGGUAGCACAGUUACAAGCACAUGGUGUCAAAUUACUGGUGCUUCUGUACUUUACCGAAGUUCGUAUGUUUUAAUUAAUGUUGUCAAUUCUGGCUCAUCAAACGGAGAUAUUGUCACUAGUUUUGACAUGACACUUUAUGAUUCGAAUAACAUUCCACUCUGCACUUUGACGCCAAGUGAUGUCACAGGAACUCCUCGUUCUUGUGGACCAGAUGUAACAAUUUCAAAAACAGGAUCCGACUUAAAUGUUGCAUAUAAAAAGGCACCAUUUAGUGCUUGGAUAAAGUACAGUUCCUGGGGAGGUGGUCAUUAUACAUUCACUUUGUUUGCUACAUUAAAACAUAUCAAUGAAGUUGGGACGACAGGCAUGUGUGUUAAAGGAUGCACGGGCAAACGAGAAGCACCUCAGAUGAUAAUAACAGAUUCUACAACUGACAAAGAAAUUGUAAUAAGUGCCAUGGCUGAUAGUGUUUGUGAUACUUUCAUGAAACAAGCAACACAACAAGCGUUACGAGAUGAUCUGGUCGUCGAAACAACACCAGGAUACAUUGAGGCUGUACGAAGGGCUUGUAUUAUUGAUGUAACUGUGACAGGAAGUACUCAAUUCGCAGAACAAUCCGUAAAUAAUGUUAUCACUGAUAUUUUGACACAUACGGGCGAAAUCAAAAUUGAAGAGAUUAAUAAUAUAAUACAAAAUACAACACAGAUCGCAGUAGAAACGAUAAACCAAGUCGCAACAGAAGUUGAAACAAUGAUUGAAGGAAGCACAUGGCCAUGCCAACCAGAUGUACCUGUUUGUAUAAUGCCGUUUUUACUCCGACAAAAAUUUGCAAAGAUCGGAAAAUAA